AUGAGUUUUGAUCCAUCAUUAUUGAGUCAGAAUUUGGCUGUUUACUACAAGCGUUUAUUUCCAUUCAAAUUAUUCUGCAAAUGGAUGUCAUAUGGAAAAAGUUAUUCCGAUUACUUUGCUUUACGAGAAUUUGCCUUUAUUAUCGAAGGCGAUAUCUAUUUGAGGUAUCGAAGCUUUAGCGAUCCAUUGGAAUUUGAACGAGAAUUACGUAAAGUGAAUCCCUUUAAACUUGACAUUGGUGCUGUUUUUAAUCGAAAGCCAAAAGAUUCAAAAAAAUUUGCUGAUGUUCGGCCUGUUCAUCGUGAGUUUGUUAUUGAUAUCGAUUUGUCGGAUUACGAUACUAUCCGUUCAUGUUGCUCGGAAGCGAAAAUUUGUUUUAAAUGUUGGCGAUGGAUUACAAUAAAAAAAUUUAUAAUCGUAUACUGCAAAAUAUGGAAGAAUUUCCGAAGGUUUUUGAAUUUUUUAGGACAUUUUAAUUGGAAACACUGCUUGUGGGUAUUUUCUGGUCGACGUGGAAUACACUGCUGGGUCGCUGAUGAGUCAGCGAGAAAACUUUCAAAUGCAGGUCGAUCUGCAAUCUCUGAAUAUCUGACACUAUUAAAUUUUUUGUCGCUAGCAGUAGCAUGUUUCAAAAUUUUUGUAUUAAAACAUGCUUAUCCCCGUUUGGAUAUUAAUGUCUCAAAGGAUAUGCGUCAUCUUCUGAAGAGUCCAUUUUGUAUUCACCCUAAAACGGGAAUUAUGUCUGUGCCUAUUAGUCCGCAACAAGUCUCAAAUCUCAACAUAGAUGACUUGCCUCGAAUCGAUAUUUUUGUUAUUUUUCUUAUUUUUGCUGAUUUUUUUUUAUUUGUAGAAUAUAAAUAUACUUCAAUGGCUCCAUUCGUGCAAGUUUUUGAAGAUUUUGUCUCGAAUCUACUUCUUGAUAUUCUUGAAUGUUAA